AUUCCUCUUCACCCGACCGAGCACUCCACACGAGAUCCUACCACGCUGACCUUUGACUGGCACGUCACCCUUGGCACGAGAGCCCCAGACGGGGUGGAGAAGCAGGUCUACCUGAUCAAUGGACAGUUCCCGGGCCCGACCAUCGAGGGCCGAUCCGGGGACCGCAUCAUCGUCCGUGUCCAUAAUGACCUCAAGGACGACGAUGGUGUCUCACUGCACUGGCAUGGUCUGCGCAUGCAGGGCUUCAAUGCCAUGGACGGAGCUGUGGGAUUCACCCAGUGUCCUAUCCCCGCCGGCAGCUCCUUUGUCUACGAUUUCCGCAUCCGCGACGACGAGCACGGAACGUUCUGGUGGCACAGCCAUUCCCAGCUGCAGAGGGCAGACGGCCUCUUUGGCGGGUUGGUGAUACACGAGCCACGGCGUCACAAGUCCGACAUCGCUGUGCAAGAGGAAGCACUGCUGCUCAUUGGCGACUGGUUCCAUCGCAAGCAUAGCGACGUUCUUGACUGGUACAGCAGCCCCGCGAGCGCAGGCAAUGAGCCUGUCCCUGACUCCAUGGUCAUCAACGGCCGUGGUCGAUACGACUGCUCCAUGGCCGUGCCGGCGAGACCAGUUCAGUGCAAGAAGACGUCCUUGAGCAACUUCCCGCCGAUCAUUAGGAAAUCUGUGGGGGAAACGCUGCUCAGAGUAGUGAAUACUGGCACCAUCGCCGGCUUGACGCUCGGUGUUGAUGGUGCUUCGCUUCAGCCUACGCAGGUCGAUGGAGGCUGCAAGGUAGAUUCAAAGCCAGCUGAUUCCGUCGGCAUUCUCUAUCCUGGCGAGAGAGUUGACCUACUGCUCAAGUGGAGGAGCGACCAGGCGGCGGAGCCAUGGUUCAACGUCUACCUGGAUCAUGAGAAUCUUCGCUUCGGCAACCCGGCGCUCAACCCAAACCAUACCUUCCCUGCCCUCCCGAAAACAGUCACAGCUCAUGAUCGCGAUCAUGCAUCCCUCUUGAAAUUCAGCAGCAGUCACCUCGACCUUGCUACGCUUACUGCUACACACGAACCAUCUCCUAUUGUUACGGCUGAGGAGGAACAGACGAUACUCUUCUACGUGUCGACUCAGAAGCUUGCGGUGCAUGGAAACAAACCCAUCGGCUUUGUAAAUCAUACCGCUUGGCAGCCCCAGUCAUUGCCACUGCUGUCUCAGAACCGUUCGUCUUGGGACGACAACCAGCUCAUUCCCUUUAUUGGCAGCGGAUCAAAGCCCACCAAGGUCAAGCUUGUCAUUAACAAUCUCGACGAUGGUUCCCACCCGUUCCAUCUUCACGGACAUUCAUUCCACGUCCUGUCCUCAAUCAAGGCGGACAAGGCUAAGCUUGGGACUUACAACCCCUUUGAGACAUCAGAGAGCGACUCUCUUGGUCAUUGGCAGCGGGAGAAGCCACUACGGAAAGACACAGUCAGUGUGCCCAGGAGAGGGCAUGUGGUGCUCUCGUUUGUCGCCGACAACCCCGGAAUGUGGAUGUUGCAUUGCCAUAUGUUGGUACACCUGGGAACAGGCAUGGCC